GGUAUUUCUUGCGUUAGUAUCUGAAGGAGUUAGUACUCCACGGUUUUAAGAGUACUCGUGUAUUGUAGCGUGUUUAGUAAAUUAGAAGUGCUUUGUUGAGUGGAUUUAUGUUUCAGUACAUUAUUCGAUCGAGUAUCAACCAUGGUCCCUAACAAGGGUUCCAGUGACGUUUUGUCUGAACAUUCUGAGCCCCAGUUCACUAAACUCAUAGCUCCACAAGCAGGGCCGAGGAAAUACAAGAUAGUGUAUCGAAAUUUGCUCACAUUCGGCUAUUGGCACUUAUCAGCUGUUUAUGGGCUCUACUUGUGCUUUACUUGUGCGAAAUGGGCUACCAUCUUAUUUGCAUUUUUCUUAUACGUGAUCGCGGAAAUCGGUAUAACAGGUGGCGCUCAUAGGCUAUGGGCACAUCGGACUUAUAAAGCCAAGUUGCCUUUAGAGAUUUUGUUACUCAUAAUGAAUUCUAUUGCCUUCCAAGACACUGCUUUCACCUGGGCUCGAGAUCACCGUCUUCAUCACAAAUAUUCGGAUACUGACGCUGAUCCCCACAAUGCUACACGAGGGUUUUUCUAUUCACAUGUAGGCUGGCUUUUGGUGAAGAAACACCCUGAAGUCAAAGCAAGAGGAAAAUUCUUGUCGUUAGAUGAUCUUAAGAAUAAUCAAUUGCUUAAAUUCCAAAAGAAAUACGCUAUUCUAGUUAUAGGCACGUUAUGCUUCCUUAUGCCAACAUUUGUGCCCGUAUACUUCUGGGCCGAGAGCAUCAGCACGGCCUGGAACAUCAAUCUAUUGCGAUACGUCAUGAAUCUUAACAUGACUUUCUUAGUUAACAGUGCAGCGCAUAUGUUUGGCAACAAACCAUACGAUAAGAGCAUAGCUUCAGUCCAGAAUAUUUCAGUUAGCUUAGCUACUUUUGGCGAAGGAUUCCAUAAUUACCAUCACACUUACCCCUGGGAUUAUCGUGCGGCAGAAUUAGGAAAUAAUAGGCUAAAUAUGACUACUGCUUUCAUAGAUUUCUUCGCUUGGAUCGGCUGGGCUUAUGACUUGAAGUCUGUGCCACAAGAGGCCAUUGCAAAAAGGUGUGCGAAAACCGGCGAUGGAACGGAUAUGUGGGGUCGAAAACGAUAAUUCAACCCGGAACGACCAAAACAUCCCUUAAUUACUCUUAUGAAUGAAUGCCUGAAUUUUCGACACAUAUUUUAUAAUGUAUUAUGUAAAAGAUGGCAAAAUACAUGUUUCUUUUAAUUUUGUAUAAGAAAAUAUUUUUUUUGUAAUUAAACUUUUUAAAUAAU